AGUUUCUCAGAUUCUUGAGAACAGAUAACAAGGUACAAUGAUGUACUCAGCAACCUCAUUUCUGCUCCUGGUGACGUUCUGUGGAACGGUGUCCUGUCUUUGGUAUCCGUAUAGGCCUGUCAAACCCAAUCAGCGACCUUAUUCCAGCAGCAACGGCCUUGUGUCAUGCACAUACGACUAUCACUGUGAUUUCGUUCCGUGCAAAAACCCAGGUGAGGAAGUUGAGUGCCACGAUGACUGGCGUUCCCCAACGGGACGCUCGUGUCAUUGUCACAAACCGUGCGAGUGCAAAGUGGACAUCGACUGCAUUGACGAGUGCGGUCCGUUUGCCACGUGUGACGACGGGGCAUGUCAUGGCUUGUAUUGCGAUCACACGUAAAUAAACGUUUACAGGCAGCCAUACUGCAUUUAGCUUUAAUUUAAAGACAUGCAUAUGGAUACACUAACGAUUUAUUUUCUUGGAGAGUAAUGUGAAAUAAAGUGAUAA